AGCCUCAUCUUCCUCCUACUAACUCCUCUCUCUCUCUCUCAUCAUCUCUCUCUGUAAAACCCUCACCUUCUCUCUCUAGAAAAUCUCUACCAAGAAAAUUAAUUAUAAUAAAAAUUCAUUCUUUUCUUCAACCCUUUCUUUAAAUUCACGAGAUCCCCAUCUAUCCCAUCUCUCUCCCUACUCUCUCUCUAUCUCUCUCUGUUCUCUCUCAAAUUCACAGGCUAUAAGAUAUAUGUAUGUGUGUGAGUUUGGUGAGGGAAGAAGGGAGAUUAUAUAUAAUUAUACAUACAAAUACACAAAAUGUCACAUUCAGGGGCGGAUACACUGGCGGAUCGAUUGAAAAGGUCUUUAAGAUAUGAUCAAAAGAGAGAUGAUAAUGAUAAUGGUGAUGUUAAUAAGCCUGAUUUUAGAGAAAUAGAUCUGGGCUUGGGCUCGGGCUCGCCGGUGUCUCCGUUGAGGCCCAAUGUACAAGUGGCUACUAGUAGUAGAAGCAGUAGUAGUAGCUCUAGCUCAUCCGGAUCCUUUUCGGGUCGGAAUGAUCAGAACCCAGUUGCUAAAAAGUCUGCUUCCGGCAGUACAGCUGCUAAUACUACAAAUUCCGGCGAGUUAUCCGGGUCGGGUCAUAACUCGCCGACAUAUUCGGGGCGGGUCAAGAAGCAGCCGGUGACCCGGGGGUCGGAGUCUGGUGGGUCCCAACUGAUAUACUCCGGCGGGGGGUCGGUGAGUUCGCCGCCGGCUAAUGUUUUGCCGGCAGGGAAUAUUUGCCCUUCGGGGAAAAUCUUGAAGGCUGAUGUGUCGGCGCCGCGGAGCUCGAGGCCAGAUGUUUUGGGGACUGGGAGAGGGCACUAUGGUCAUGGAAGCAUAAUGCGUGGCGGUGGGAGUGUGAAAUUUGAUGCUGGUGGUAGUUCUGGUGUUGCUGGGAACUCGCGGGCCGGAGUAUUGGCAGGGAAGGGUGUAAUGAGUGGUGGUGUUGACGGGGAGGAGAUGAAGCGGUUGGGGAAUGAGGAGUAUAAAAGGGGACAUUUUUCCGAGGCAUUGAGUUACUAUGAUAGGGCAAUUGCUAUUUCCCCUGAGAAUGCUGCUUAUCAUUACAACAAAGCAGCUGCAUUGAUCGGUUUAAAGCGGUUGGGAAUGGCAGUGAGGGAAUGUGAAGAGGUUUUGAGGUUGGAUCCUGGAUAUGUUCGAGCACAUUAUCGAUUAGGGUCUCUGUAUCUUUGUUUAGGACAGGUUGACAAUGCUAGGAGGCACAUAUGUUUUACAGGGAUCCAACCUGAUCCUAUUGAACUGCAGAAGUUGCAUGCUGUAGAGAAGCAUUUGAGCAAGUGUACCAGUGCCCGGAGGAUUGGGGACUGGAAAGUUGUUUUAAGGGAGGCUGAUGCCGCAGUUGCUUCGGGAGCUGAUGCUUCACCUCAGCUAUUUGCCUGUAAAGCAGAGGCACUCUUAAAGCUUCGGCAAUAUGCUGAUGCAGAAUUAUGCAUUUCGAACAUUCCUAGAGUUGGAACUUCUUCACUGUCCUGCUCACAGAACAAGUUUCUUGGCAUGCUUUCUGAAGCCUAUAUCCUUCUAGUCCGUUCUCAGAUUGAGAUGUCUAUGGGAAGGUUUGAUAGUGCUGUUACAUCUGCUGAGAAAGCUGCACAAAUAGAUACCCUAAGUGCUGAGGUUUCAGCUUUGCUGAGCAAUGUCAGGGCAGUGGCAAGAGCUCGUGCUCGUGGAAAUGAUCUCUUCAAAUCUGAAAGAUUUACAGAAGCUUCUGCAGCUUAUGGGGAAGGGUUAAGGCUUAAUCCUUCCAGCUCAGUUCUUUAUUGUAACAGAGCUGCUUGUUGGUAUAAACUUGGUCAAUGGGAACGAUCUAUCGAUGAUUGCAACCAAGCUCUUAAUAUACUGCCAAAUUAUACAAAAGCGCUACUUAGAAGGGCUGCCUCAAACAGCAAGCUGGAACGAUGGGUUGAAGCUGUUAGAGAUUACGAAGUUCUGAGGAAAGAACUCCCAAAUGAUAAUGAUGUUGCCGAGGCUUUAUUUCAUGCCCAGGUCGGGCUUAGGAAAUCCCGCGGAGAAGAUGUUCAUAAUAUGAAGUUCGGUGGAGAUGUUGAAUUGGUAUCAGGUCUCGAGCAGUUCAGAGCUGCAAUAUCUUCUCCUAGUGCUUCUGUUGUUCACUUCAAAUCGGCGUCAGACCUCCAAUGCAACCAGAUAUCUCCCUUCGUGGAUACUCUGUGCAGCCGAUAUCCAUCUAUAAAUUUUCUCAAGGUUGAUGUCCGAGACAGCCCUGGGAUUGCUAAUGCUGAGAAUGUGAAACUCGUUCCAACAUUCAAAAUUUACAAAAACGGAAGCCGCUUAAAAGAAAUGAUCUGCCCAAGUCCAGAGGUGUUGGAGUCUUCUGUGAGGCAUUACAGUUCCUAGAAUUAAACAGUACUUUGUAUGUGCCUCAUCUACUUGCAUCACCUGUAGCUUUUAUAAACCUCCAAACAUAAUAGGUGACCCCCGAUACAUAUCCUCCUUUCUCCCUCAUCCAUGAGUCGCACACACAUACACAAAGUUUAGCCAUGACAUAGUCGGAGCAACUACAUAAAAUCAGUCAAUCUUAGUUCAUUACAGAGAAUUAGCUUAGUUAACCUUUCCAGUCCCUAUUUGUUCAUUCGUUUCUCACCGUUCUCUGUGGUUCUCCUUCCCAUUUUCUCCUGCUUUGGAGUUGGCAGCCCUUGUUGUAUAUUGAUGUUUAUCUCGGGGGAAGUAUGAUAGAUUUGUACAAUUGAUAUAAUCCGGACGGAGGCAGGUAGCAGGCUGCAGCGCAGUUUCUUGAGGACAUGUACAUGUACCAUAAAUAUGAAGAAUAUGUAUACAAUUUUACAUUGGUUUAGCCAUGAGGGAAAUUAGUUUGUCUGGUGGGGUAUUGGGUUAUGGAAGAAGGAUGAAUAUUUUCUUAGUCUAUCUUUAUCGCUAUUCUAUAAUAAUAAAAAAAGACUUACCGAAAUUUUGUA